GUCCACGCUCUCAAUAAUUCAAGCUCUCAUUCCAGUCUCCUGCUCCACUGCUAAACAAGAUGCCGGCCGUACAUCACAAGCUGCUCCUGGAGGACGCCUUGCAGGACAGUCCCCAGACUCGCUCUCUGCUGAGCGUGUUUGAGGAGGACUCUGGGAUGCUGACGGACUACACCAAUCAGCUGCUGCAGACGUUGCAGCGGGUGUUUGGAGCUCAGAGUGAAAUGGGAUUGGCCACAGAGCAGCUCUCGCAGCAACUUCUGGAUUAUGAGAAGAAAAAUUUUGCCCUGGGAAAAGGUGAUGAAGAAGUAAUCAGCACACUGCAGAACUUUGCAAAAACUGUGGGAGAGCUCAACUCGAUCCACUCUGAUUUAGCCAGUCAGAUGGCUGACAGCAUGGUGUUUCCCCUGAUCCAGUUCAGAGAGAAGGACCUCACAGAGAUCAGCACCUUGAAGGAAAUAUUUAGCAUUGCCACUGAUGAGCACGAGGCAGCUAUGGUAAAAUACAGUCGAUUGCCCAAGAAGAAGGAGAACGAGAAGCUGAAAGCCGACUUGGUGAAGGAGGUGGCGUACACCAGGAGGAAGCAACACCAGGCAUCUCUGCAGUAUUACUGUGCCCUCAAUGCCCUGCAGUACAGGAAGAGAGUGGCUAUGCUCGAACCAAUGCUCGGCUACACUCAGGCUCAGAUUAGCUUCUUUAAGAAGGGCAUUGAGCUGGUUUCAAAGAAGAUGGAAACUUUUCUCUCCUCUGUGUCUAAAAUGACUCAAAAUAUCCAGGCCCAGCUGGACGUGGAGGCAGAAGCCAUGCGUACGUCACAGAAAGAGCUUCUGUCAGUGGAAGACACUGUCUACAUGCCGGAUAAGGACACGGACUCUUUUAACCGCACACUUAUUCAGAAGGCUGGCUACCUGAACAUCAGGAAUAAAACAGGUCUGGUGACCACAGCCUGGGAUCGACUCUUCUUCUUCACCCAGGGGGGGAACCUGAUGUGCCAGCCUCGGGGGGCCGUGGCUGGGGGCAUGGUGCUGGACCUGGACAACAGCUCCGUCAUGGCUGUGGAGUGUGAGGACAGACGCUACUGUUUUCAGAUCACCUCCCCUUCAGGAAAAACGUCAAUGAUUCUACAAGCUGAGAGCAAAAAGGAGUAUGAAGAGUGGAUCUGCACAGUGAACAACAUCUCUAGACAGAUCUACCUGACAGACAACCCUGAGGCUGUGGCCAUCCGAUUGAACCAAACUGCCAUCCAGGCAGUCACUCCCAUCACCAGCUUUGAGAAAAGACAAGAAGGCUCGCCCAACCCUGACAGAGCAAAGCCAGGAGGUGUUCAUGCUUCUGGUAGUGAUUCCCAGAAAACUGGAGCUGCUCCGGAACCAGGGGACCUGAUAGCUCCUGGAACGCCUAUUCAGUUCGACAUCAUGCUGCCAGCGUCGGAGUUUCAGGACCAGAACAGAUCUGGGGGGAGACGCACAAAUCCAUUUGGAGAAACGGAUGAAUGUACAACAGAGAAUGAUGAUUCUCUCCUGCAGCAGGUAUUCAUCGUGCGCUUCCAGGGCUCUAUGGCCGUCCGCUGUGGGAACAAUCAGGAAGUGAUCUAUGAAGCCAUGAGGCAGGUGCUGGCUGCUCGGGCCAUCCACAACAUCUUCAGGACCACAGAGUCCCACCUCAUGGUGACCAGCAGCAGCCUCAGUUUGAUUGAUCCACAGACUCAAGUAACAAGAAUCAGUUUCCAGCUGGACGAGGUGUGUCAGUUCGCAGCUCACCAGGAGAAUGGGAGGCUGAUGGGAUUUGUAGUUGAGGGGAGAGACUGGAGUGACGGGAAUGAGGAGGGAGAGCCUUCGUUCAGCGCCUUCGUCUUCGAGAGCAACACGGAGGGGGAAAAGAUCUGUUACACCAUCAACCUGUCAAAAGAAAUUACAGAAGCUAAAAAGGAUCCAGAGGCGCUGGCCAAGCUGAUGAAGAACAUGCCUCUGACCAAUGAYGGCAAAUUCCUGCUGCUGGAGCCUGAGACGAGCAACUCCAACACCGGAGAGGGUCAGGAGGACUUGGAGUCUGAAGCCUAGUUUUUAUUAGGACACCCACCUAAAAAAAACCAAGACCAGAGCCACUACUGUCACCUCUGCCCUGGAUAACAGUCCCAUCAUGACCCUUAACUCUAACUCAUGUAACACCACUCUCCUCCAGUGACCCUACAUGGUGAGAUCUCUAUACUUUGAUAUGAUCGAAGCAGAGGAUGUUAACAGAGGAGCGCUUGACCAAAAUGAUGACAAAAACCCAUCUCACUGGUGUGUUGCAUUUACAGCUUUKAUUCCACGAUCGAUGUAGCAUUGAUCAUUGGAAGUCCAGUUUUUGUGUUUUUGCCUUGCGUGCCACUUUAGGUGGUAUGCUCAUCUGAAGUUAGACUGKUUUAUAUCCUCAGCCAUCAAAGAGAAGGYAGUGAAACUUUCAUUUCACUUUAGGUUUACAUCUAUUUUAGGUUAUCGUUUGAAGUGUUUUCUUUUAGGUAAUACCUUGUUUUACUUGUAAGGCUUUUAUGAUUUUACUCGGACGGUUAUUUCAUGAUUACUAAUGUAAAAAAAGGAAAUAAUAAUAAUAAUUGCACUUCCAAGUUUGCUAUCUUGGUUAGAACAAUGGUUGUUUAUGGUMCAUGAUGCUCAAAUUAAGAAACUAAAGAGGUAAAGACAACGAAAGGUUMGAAGUUUCUUUGAUCUGCAGGGCAGUUUUCUGUAGGUUACCCUGUAUAAUCUGAAGGUAUGAAGCUACACAGUUUUGCUCUUUGCACUUUUACAAUGAGGUUACAAACCUAAAAACUUGUCUUAAUCAUGCCUCACCUGACAUAAGUCCUAUCUACUGGUACAAAACAAGGCAGAAGUGGAAUACAUCCUCACCGCAAACCCCACAAAAAAACUUCUUAGGGUUUUGUUUCCUCUGAAUCCUGUGUAAAUAGAUUCCAUCCAAGUGUCUUUAUGAUGUUUAAACUGGCAAUAUACCACAGCGGUGCAUGAAGACAUGAUGCACCAUUCUCAUAUUCUCUCUCUCUCUCCCUUUACAGAAGAUUAAAGCCUCUUUUUUUCCAGCUCUCAGCCGUAAUAUUAGAAGAAAAGGAACUAAAAUGUUACAGAAAUGCAUGAAGCAAGACCAAUCAGGUAUUGCACUUUCGGAAAAGCAUGUUUCGCAUACGUAACUUAUGAAUGAUAACCGAAGCACCAGAGGAGCUAAAAGAAGAGUGGACUGUGAAAUUCUUCUCUCCCUCUUCAUCUUAAAGCAGUUCAGGUUUGAUCCCACUUUAGCUGCGACACCAGUUUUUAAUCUGCUGUAAAUAUGAUGGACUAACGCUACAAUACUUUUGUUUACAUUUAUACAGUCCACUAAUGUCUAAAGAUUAUUUAGGACAAGUUUUUCAUAUUCUUUAAAAACAAAUAUUUAGCAUUUCGCUGAGGGGUUUUACCUACUUCCUGUUUAAUAGAUGGUGAGCAGAAUGGUGGUGAGACAAUUGUAGGUAACAAAUAAGUAAAUCUAAACAUCAAGCUAGAAAAAAGUUCUGAGAAUUGAAGCCAUCUGUCACACUAAACACAUGAACCAAGUAAACCUAAACACCUCUCUGAUGUACAGAUUUUUGCUCAUCGAGUAUCUGAAGGUGAUGAUUGAGCCGUUUCAGUCAUAAACUCUGUAAAGCUCUGACAUCUUCACUGCAUUAUUUAUUUAGUUUUGCUCCGUGUUUGAUUAAACUGCAGUCCGUUUUCUGUCUGACGGCUCACUUGAUGAAAUUUGUUCAAAUGUUACCCAUCGAGAAAUAAAUCCUCUGGAUGUGACCCGCUGCAGCUCAUUCACACCUAAUAUAGUCAUGCUACAUAAUCUUUAUAUAUUUUUGCUUUGGAAGUAAAUAAUAAAAUAAAAGGCUUGUGCAGAAAAUAUAUUUCCAUAUUUCACCAAGGAUUGUAUUUUCUCCUUAUGUGUCUUUUUUACAAAUGUCAGAAUUUUUCCAUCCAAAAGGCUUUAUGCUUGAUUUGUCCUGGUUUUGUAAAACCACUAAUGCUAAUGUUCAGUCUUAAAUAAAUACAUCAUUUCUUA